CUUUGGUAUGAUACGCCAACGGUCUGCCGCCAUAACUCCGUGACACGCUCCUUCACUUUGAAUCUGUCUUCCACUUUGUAUCGGCCUCUGGACACUCUCAUUUACGCCGGCCUAUUUCUUUAACACCAGUUUUACUGGGUGUAUGGACGGUCACCACCAUUCUCACUCCGGAGGCUCUAAUUCAUCUGCUAUCGACCUGACGAGAACGCCUUCUGGAAUUGCAAGCUCUGGUCCUUCCUCGCCAUCUUUGAACGCUUCAGAGAGUAGGAGUAGCUUCGCGCGUAGGCGAACAAGUUGGGGGAAGGUGGAUAGUGAUAGUGUACAGGAUCCAUUGCGUUUCGAUCUGGAGUCAACGGGUAUUGUGGACCCACGAACAAGUACCCCACGUCAGGAACGCUCUGGCUGGACCUUGAGCGAGGAUCCUUUUGCUUCGCCAGUUGACGAUGACUUGCACUUUUCGUAUCGCACGAAUACACGCGCUGCAUCGUAUACUUCACAACCAGGGCCAUCCUCUGCUUCACUCAUUGGCUCCGCCUAUGCUGGCGCCGACUCGGAUUCUCAACGCGAAGACGACGAAGCGCACUUGACGAGCAAUAUGUCUCGUACGGGAAGCAGUGGUGUAUGGGGGCAGAGAGAUGAGAUAGACCCCGAACGAUCUGCCACGACUUCAAGAAGUGGGAAAAUGACGGGACGGUAUAGUACUUCACCGUCACCUCUGAAGAAGACAGGUACACGACUUAUGGCUGUCUCUCGCUCUAUUCGACGAGCGUCACUGCGUGUGGUCAACCUUGCUGGUGCUGGUCUAGAGGACCAUGUGAGGCUGGAUGACCAGGACGAACAAAAGUCGCCACAAGACGAAGACGAAGAUACCAGGCCAGAGGAAACACUUCCUGAUUUGGCAUCAACCUUGCCUAUACGUGGUCGUACCCUGGGCUUUCUUGGGCCGACGAGUAAAGUCCGGCUUGCAAUGUAUCGUUUGCUCGUAUACCACUGGACCGAGCCAUGUAUUUUGCUUUUGAUUAUUCUCAAUGCUGUAAUUUUAACCAUUCAAGCCGCCUUUUCCCUUGCCCUCCCUGAGGAUGGCUCUGGCAGUCCGCCUCAGAUUACGGGCUAUUUCCAUAGUUGGGAGGAUUAUGCUUUGUUCACUCUUUUUAUAUUGUUCACCUUGGAAGCCUUCGCUCGAAUAGCCGUGACAGGUUUUCUCUUGGAUCCAGAAAUUCCAGUCUCGUCUAUCUUCACUUCUCUAUUUUCUGAGCCGGAAGUCCCGAUACCCGCAUCCUCAUCAGUAGACCCAAACGGGUCACUUGCUCGACAUGGUUCCUUGACACGUUCUGCUUCUACUCGUGGAUUGACUUUGAAGGGUCUGACGAUACACGAACGCUUUCAACGGUUCCGGUACAACAUCACGCGACCCUUCGCACUACGGCAAAAUACUUCAUCUAUGCCUCCCCUUGAACACCCGUCUACGCCAGCCACCGGUAAGAGCACCAGGCGGCGUUCAGACACGGCACAAUCCAGGACACCUAUGAUGGAAAAGAUGGAACAGGCACAUUCUCAUGCACGGAAUCCUUCACACCCUACAUUCCUGAAGACGGCAUUCAAAAGUGAUAAUGACGAUGUAUUGUCCCUGCCAUUUCGCUUGAGCAUUCAGCGUUCUCAUAUGGGCACGGAGCGCAAUCUGCCAUACUUGCGACAAAGCUGGAACAGAAUAGAUUUCAUAGCCGUCUUGAGCUUCUGGGUAACAUUCGCUUUGUCCAUGGCUGGGGUCGAAAGAGGGAAAUAUCAUAUCGGUAUCUUUCGCGCCUUGAGCGUCUUGCGUACUUCCCGACUCUUGGCUAUCACUUCGGGUACCACGACAAUCAUGCAAUCUUUGAAGACUGCGAGACCGUUGUUGGCCAGUGUCGCGUACUUCGUGCUGUUCGCAAUGAUACUCUUCUCUAUCAUCGGGAUACAAUCUUUCAAAGGGUCAUUCCGGCGGUCUUGUCAUCUGCUACCUACAUUGGGUGAAGAUGAGAUCCAAUUGGAAGGUCAGGCUUGCGGCGCAUAUAUAGACUCUGACACGUUCAACGUCACCGGAUACGUCAUGCGAGAUGGUUCCAAUGCAUCGCCGAAGGGUUUUGUUUGCCCUCUGGGACAGAUCUGUAGAGAAGAUGAUGAGAACCCAAAUUCGGACCUCGAAAGCUUUGACACCAUUUAUUAUGCGGCAUUGCAGGUGUUCAUCGCUUCAUCUGCUAACGGGUGGACACCGGUGAUGUACCAAAUGAUGGAUUCUGAGUUUUAUAUCUCUGCGCUAUUCUUCAUCGUCUGCGUCGUCGUGCUGAACUUCUGGCUCAUCAAUCUCUUCGUCGCGGUCAUUACGAACACGUUUUCCGCCAUUCGUAAGGAUACAAAGAAAAGUGCCUUCGGCGCUGCUCCAUUGGCUCCAUCCUUGGACGAGAACGAUGAAGGCUGGGCAAUCAUUGAUGGAAGGCGCGUCUCCAAAAGCAACAGGGUCAAAGAGAUCUAUGAGAAUAUUCGUUGGUGUUGGGUCGCUCUCGCUUUGGCAUCUCUUGUCCUACAAGCCACCCGCACAGUCGAUAUUGGACCUAUGCAUCAGGAAAUCAUUGAUAAAGGCGAACUUGUGCUAACGAUUGUCUUCGACAUCGAGAUUUUCGUACGCGUCUUGGCUCAUCUGCCGGAUUGGCGCAGCUUCUUUUACUGGGGUCAGAACUGGCUGGACCUUGUUCUUGCUAUCGGAUCUACCGUUAUUCAGAUUCCGGUGAUCCACAAUUCUCCUGCUUACCCCUGGUUGACUAUCUUUCAAUUGACGCGGUUCUACCGAGUCAUAUUGGAGAUUCCGAGGAUGAAACCCCUUCUGCUUGCGGUCUUCGGCAACAUGUAUGGUCUAGCUAACAUGUCUUUGUUCCUUAUCUUGAUCAACUUCCUCACUGCUCUGGUUGCUGUUCAACUUCUUCGAGGCGAUGUUCCACGUGGAGAGUUCAUCGACUGGGGAGAUAUCUUCAAUGCCUUCCUUGCUAUCUACCAAGUCUUCUCAUCUGAGAAUUGGACGGAUGUUCUUUACGGCGCCGCAGAGCCUCAAGUUCCGCUGAGACAAUCGGCUAUCGUUGUAUUGUUCAUCUCUGGCUGGAUGUUCUUCGCGAACUUCAUCGUGUUACAAAUGUUCAUUGCCGUCAUUAAUGAGAACUUCGACGUUGCGGAGGAAUCGAAGCGCAGUCGUCAGGCCUCUCAUUACUGGGCAUCUCAUCGACCGCAGAAAGCUCGAGCAGCAUGGGUGCGACGAUUGAAUCCUUAUCGAUGGUUUCAAGCAAAACCCAAAGCGAUCGCUGUUGAGCAGCUACCCUCAAAUCUUGUGCUUCCAAUGCAAAAGUCAUUGAUUCAGGACAGCUCGUUGCCACGCCGGGAUCGUUCACGAAUAUCUGGAAAGCCGGGGGGUGGUCGACAUAUUCCUAGCAAAUCCCUGAACAUGCUGCAGCAGUUGUUCACUGGUGAGAAUGGUACUACGGAUGUUCCUUUGGCGACGAUCCGGACAAACCGACGGGAUUCUGUUGUUCCACACGAUGCCGUUGACGAGGAGACCGAGCGACAUCUCGAAGUUCUGGCUGCAUUGACCUCGGAGACAGCUGCGGUCGAAGAUAUGAACGACAUCCUGAAUGAACGUCGCGCUCAGAAAGCGGACUUCAUACGCGAGCAUCCGACUUACGAUAAAACCUUUUGGAUCUUUUCGCAGAAAAACCCAUUACGACAUCUUUGCCAGAAAAUGGUGGCUCCAGCAAGCGGGGAAAGGAUAUUCGGCUCCCCUCCAUCUCCAAUCGCUCAUCCGAUCUUCCAGCUCAUCCUCUUACUCACUGUCAUCGGUGGUAUCGUUGUCGAGAGCUUUGCCACUCCUUUGUACAGGCACAAUUUCUAUCUAGAGCACGGCCGUAUUCGAGGUUCCUGGUUCGAUAUCGCUGAAGCAUCUUUUGGACUGAUGCUCCUUGUGGAGUUCAUCAUCAAGAUUAUUGCUGACGGCCUCUUCUUCACUCCCAAUGCAUACAUUCGCAGUAUCUGGAAUAUCCUUGAUCUCUUCAUCUUGGUCGGCAUCCUCAUCAAUGUCACGACGGGUCUUGUCUUUGUUGGAGGUCUCAGUCGCUUGACUAGGUCCCUGAAGGCAUUACGAGCUCUGCGGUUGAUCACGCUCAUUGAGAAGAUGCGAUCCACCUUCGAAUCGCUUAUCAUAUCUGGUGCUGCUCGAAUACUGGACGCUGCGCUCCUCGCUAUCUUGUACAUGAUUCCCUACGCCGUCUGGGGUCUCAACAUCUUCGCUGGUCUCAUGAAUGAAUGUAAUGAUUCGGACGUCGAGAAUAUUGCAGGAUGCACAAACGAGUACACCAACACUGUCGUAGGCGAUUCCUUCGGUUUCCUGGUACCGAGAGUGUGGGAUAACCCCCAACCGUCGACAAUUUUCUCAUUUGAUUCUUUCCGUUCAUCCUUACUCAUUCUCUUUGAGAUUGUGUCACUGGAGGGAUGGAUCGAUGUGAUGGCUAUCGCCGUCAGUAUCACUGGGCAAGGUCAACAGCCACAGCAGAACGUCUCUCAGGCGAACGCAAUAUUCUUCGUGAUCUACAACCUGUUGGGUGGUGUCGUUAUCCUGACGCUUUUCAUAAGUAUCAUCAUUGGGAACUUCACUGCGAAAACUGGCAGCGCACUUUUGACUCAGCCACAGAGGGAAUGGAUCGAUCUUCAGAAGUUGAUAAAGCGACAGCGCCCUUCGAAGAGACCAAAGCGCAGGCCUACAUGGCCUAUUCGGGCAUGGUGCUAUGACCGCGCUUCCCAUAAGCAUGGUUGGUGGUAUCGGACUAUGACAGGGCUUUUCGUCAUUCAUGUGAUCGCUCUGAUGACACAGACAUUCUCGGCGCAGCCUAUAUUUGACGAAGUUCGCAAUGAUUUCUUUAUCCUUGUGACGGUGAUAUACCUACUUGAUAUCUUGGUGCGGUUCUAUGGGCUGGGCUGGAGCAGCUACAGCGCAAAUGGAUGGAACAUUUUUGACAUCAUCGUUGCUAUGGGCAGUCUGAUUACAACCCUGCUAGUCAGGACUGAUGCUGGUGCCUUCGCUAUUGAGCAACUCCAGAAGCUCUUCAUCACGAGCAUCGCAUUCAAGUUGGUGCAAAGGACCAACAGCUUAAACAAGCUUUUCAAAACUGCCGUGGCAAGCCUGCCUACCAUUCUCAGUCUUCUCAGUCUUUGGGUUAUUCUCUUCCUUUUCUUCGCCAUUCUCUACCUGGAGGUUUUCAGCAUGACUAAAUGGAACACCGGAGAAAAUCGACAUCAAAAUUAUUCCACAUUAUCAAAUGCCUUGAUAAUGCUAGCUUUCAUGACUACUGGGGAAGGUUGGAAUCAAUAUAUGCAUGACUAUGCUAUUGUGUAUCCCAGGUGUACUAACUCCUUUGGCCUCCUCGCCGAUUCGGACUGCGGUAGUGUUGGCUGGGCUUUCACCCUAUUCAUUGCAUGGAACAUUCUCAGCAUGUAUAUCUUCGCAAAUUUGUUCAUUGGUGUGGUUGUUGAGAGUUUCUACUACGUCUUCCAAAUGACUGGUGGCGCAAAGUCGAUCACUCGUGAAGAGAUCCGAUCUUUCAAAAAGGUAUGGGCCGAAUUCGCAAAUCCUAAAACGGGAUACUUGGAACGCAGCAACUUUGUGCGAUUCUUCGGCAGAUUGACUGGGAUUUUCGAAGUUCGGAUAUAUCCUGCGGAGUUCAGCAUCCCAAGACUCAUUGCAAGGGCCAAGGUCGAUCCUCAGAAAGAGGUCCCAUGGCAAUCUCGAGUUGUUGAUGAAUUCGACCUUGACAUCCUCAACGCUGAUCUCAACAACAUAGAUCGUGCGACUAUCAAGAGGAGAAAGGAGCUAUACAAUAGACUAUACCAUGAAGCUCGAAUCUCGCACGAGCCGGGCAAAGGGAUAUCAUUCACUAACAUGCUCCUCCUGCUUGCUCACCACAAGCUCAUUGUGGAUCGGGAGGCCCUCGUGUUGAAAGAUCUUGUCGUGAGAACAGAAACUAUCAAACUAGUCACUGAUUUGGUCGACUUCGAUCGAGUCCAAUCGUUGCUGCUCAUGAUAUCUCAUCGUCGCCGAUAUCUUGCUUUGAAGGAGGAGAGAAGAGUACAGAAAAUGCUCCGACAAGACAUUCCCGCCAUCGUGGUGGAUGAUACACCGUCCACACCCCCUUCAAUAACAACUCGAGACAUCACCUCUCCCAGGCACGAUAUGGCGCUCGACGUGGAUUCUCCAUCACCUCGGUCUCGCCUGCACUCUCCAGAAGUAUCUUUCACCUUAGAUUCUCAUGCUGGCUCCGGCCUGCAUAGAAGUCGCAGACAUAGUGAUGUCAGCAUGUUGUCCACUGACAUCGGCUUCAAGUCUUCAUUUGACAGUUCCAGAGAUUCACGGAUAGAGGAGGAUCCCGAAAAUGUAUUAUCAUCAAUUCAAAACUCCAUGUGGCGAGAUAUGAUGCUAGAGGCAGAAGAGGAAGAGAAAAUUACUUACCGUGGGACUUUAGGCCGCUAUAUCGUAGCAUAGACUUACAUGCAUCAUUACAUCUUUGCAAUAGUACUGUAAAGUACCAAUGUUCUCAACAUAAUAACUUAUUCUGAGGACU